AUGCUUUAUCACUGUCGUGUUGGCGCUGGUCAUCGUUUUAAGCGACAAGCACUGCCGACCGAUCACAUUAUGGUGCAUUCAUUCAAUUCGAAUAUUUCAAUAGCUGAGUGGGUGGUUGUCGAUCGCGAACUGAAUUUCGAGAAAAGUUUUUAUUUGGCAAAAUUUGGUUUGGCAGCUCUCGGCUGGAUUUCCAACCGCACGGCCAGGCUGAGAAUCUUUCUGCCUCAUACAAUGGCGGACGAAAAUGUCAAAUUAGUUCUAUCAAAUGGCGCGACGCAAGUCAGUGCAUUCGGAGGUCGAUGGGCUCACGUUGUUUGUUGCCACCUGGCAACUAGCUGUUCAAAGGCGUAUCACUGUCGGCUCAAACCUAUCAAGCGGCCUCAAUCGGCAACUGCAUAUUUCCUCUGUAAGUAG